UCGGAAGCUGGUGUGGGAAAUAUACUUUUUACGAUUUCUGCACACGGUCCAGUGCGAUCUUCUGUAUAUACGUCAGGAACCAUGCAGAUCACAAGUUUAUUUUCGGCAUUGCUGCAGACGGCGGUCGCCGUAUUAAUGAUGUCGUUGAGCACAACAGAAGCGGCUCCGGCUGAAGGGCUCACACCUUUCGGUUUCCUCAUGGCCAGGGCUUACGGACAACCGGCUGUAAGUCCGGUCAUGCGUCACAUAGCGUUCAAGCCCAGUGACGGUGCUAAAUUUCGAGAGUCAUUCGAAAAAAAACAUGGACCCCGUGGACGAGAUCUGAUCGACAGUCUGGGACGAGGUUCGUACAAGACUGGUGAGGCGACAGCAGUGAACCGAUUGCAGAAUACGGACAUCACGAUUGCAGGAGAAGCUUCCAAUAAAUCUUUAGUAAUCAAGAAUUUAGAACCUCUACGUUCGAAACAAUGAUUUCAACAAAACGAAUGGUAAAAACGUAUUUUGCUCAUGUAAAUUCAGUUGAAUAUUGUUUUAAAUGCAUCGUUAUUAUGUACAAAUCCUUCGUUAUAACCUAACCGUACUAUGGUUUUGAUGAAGAUUGAUUGUUCAUACCAAUGUAGAUGAUUGGUUAGUGAUAAAAUUAAUUUAGAUAAAACAUAUUGCUGUUAACCUAUAAAUAUAUAAUUUUAUUAGUGAAUGCUAAUUUUGUAAAUAUUCGGUAAUAUUGAUAAGUAAUUGUUAUACGGACAUACGCGUAUAUUGAUAAUAUUAAAUAUUCUCGUUAUAAGUUAAAAGCAAGAUAAUG